AUGCCCUCCCAUUUUGAUACCUUGCAAUUGCACGCUGGUCAAGAAGACGUCAAGGAAAAUGCGCACAACCCCAGAGCGGUGCCCAUCUACGCCACGUCGUCGUUUGUGUUCAACGACUCCAAGCACGGUGCCCAGCUCUUCGGCCUCGAAACUCCAGGCUACAUGUACAGUCGUAUCGUGAACCCUACCGUUGAUGUUUUGGAAAGAAGAAUUGCUGCCCUCGAAGGUGGUGCUGCCGCACUUGCGCUCUCCUCCGGUCAGGCGGCGCAGACUUUGGCUAUCACCGGUUUGGCCCACGCGGGCGACAACAUCGUGUCUACUUCUUACCUAUACGGUGGUACUUACAACCAAUUUAAGGUCGCUUUCAAAAGACUAGGAAUUGAGAGCAGAUUUAUCGAUGGUGACAAGCCCGAGGAUUUCGAAAAAGCUUUCGACGAAAAGACCAAAGCCGUCUACCUUGAGACCAUCGGUAACCCCAAGUACAAUGUUCCAGAUUUCGAGAAAAUUGUUGCCGUAGCUCACAAGCACGGUAUUCCAGUCGUUGUCGACAACACUUUCGGUGCUGGUGGUUAUUUCGCACAGCCCAUUAAAUUCGGUGCUGAUAUCGUAACCCACUCCGCGACUAAGUGGAUUGGUGGUCAUGGUACUACCAUUGCCGGUGUCAUCGUUGACUCCGGUAAGUUCCCAUGGAAGGACUACCCUAAGAAAUUCCCUCAAUUCUCUGAGCCUUCCGAAGGUUACCAUGGCUUGGUCUUCAACGACGCCCUUGGGCCUUUGGCUUUCAUUGCUCACGUCAGAGUCGAAUUGUUGAGAGAUUUGGGUCCAGCUUUGAACCCAUUUGCCGCUUUCUUGCUUCUACAAGGUGUCGAAACUUUAUCUUUGAGAGGUGAAAGACAUGCUACUAAUGCUAUGAAGCUAGCCCAAUAUUUGGAAAAAUCACCCUACGUGUCAUGGGUUUCUUACCCAGGUCUACCCUCUCACUCCCACCACGAAAAUGCCAAAAAAUACCUACAGAACGGUUUUGGUGGUGUCCUCUCCUUUGGCGUUAAAGAGCUGCCAAAUGCUGCCGAUGAAUCUGAUCCUUUCAAGGCUUCAGGCGCUCAAGUUGUUGACUCUUUCAAGAUCGCCUCUAACUUGGCUAACGUUGGUGACUCCAAGACUUUGGUUAUUGCUCCUUACUUCACUACUCAUCAACAACUGAGUGAUGAAGAGAAGCUGGCUUCUGGUGUUACUAAAGAUUUGAUCCGUGUCUCUGUUGGUACUGAAUUCAUCGAUGAUAUCAUUGCCGAUUUCGACCAGGCUUUUGAAAAAGUGUUCAACGGUCAAAACUAA